AUGUUCAUUGAACCUUUGGCUCCGUCGAGUGAAGAGCCCGGCGACCUUGAUGCAUGCACAUAUUGGAUGGACAUCAUGACGGAACCGUCCACCAGCCCCUUCUCUAUGUGCUCUUUCAGACAACCAUACAUCCAGUUCAAGAGUCUACAACCUCAAUUGAUGACCAACAACACUGCCAUGACUCGAUCGUGUAAGCCAAGCCACUCAGCUACGUCUUUCUCGGUCCCGGUUAUCACCAGCUGGUGUAGUGAAACGACUCAGCCCUGCCCGUCUGACUACAUAGGACAUGGCUCUGGCGGAGAUAUCCAGUGA